AUGACAACACAAGGUUCCGUUGAAGUUAUCCAGGAGGCAACACCAAUACUUUCGCAUGAGGUCCAAACUAAAGGGGAAAAUGUAUUAAUCAACCCGGGGAACCAUCCAGCAGAUCACUUUAAAUCACGAAUGUCCGCAACGAGGUUCCAAAUUAGACAAUAUUUGACAAGAUUCACUGAUACCCAAUCUGAAACGCUACGUGAUUGGCAAGAAACGUAUAGAACUGGAUUUGGAGACGUAUUUUUUCCCUACACGGCCUUGAUGGGGGCACAUACAUUCUAUGUGAUAUUUUUACCGAUGCCCAUUUGGUUCGGGUAUCAUGAACUGACCAGAGACAUGGUUUACAUCCUUGCAUAUUCUAUUUACUUGAGUGGGUAUCUAAAGGAUUAUUUAUGUCUUCCUAGACCAAAAUCACCCCCAGUUAGAAGGAUUACGUUGAGUAAGUAUACUGCCAAGGAAUAUGGGGCUCCAAGUUCACAUUCUGCUAAUGCUACGGGCGUCAGUAUGCUAUUCUUUUGGAGAAUAUUACAAAGUAAGGAUUUACCAUCGAUGAUGAAAUUGGGGUUAUUAGGUAUCGUGUCCAUCUACUACCUGACUUUAGUUGUUGGGAGAGUUUAUUGUGGCAUGCACGGUAUGCUUGAUCUAAUCAGUGGAUCUGCAGUCGGUGCCAUUUGUUUCCUUUCCAGGAUAUUGAUAGGUCAUAUCUUUAGGAAUUUCCAAUCUGCAGAAUAUCUGUGGUUCCCCAUAAUAAGUAUCGCCUGGGGGUUAUUUAUCUUAUUCUAUCAUAUAAGACCUGUGGAUGAAUGUCCCUGUUUCGAAGAUAGUGUUGCAUUCAUUGGAGUCGUAUCCGGGUUUGAAUGUAGUGAUUGGAUCUUACAGAAACUCAAUUCUGACUUAAUGCAUUGUACCAAAUAUAGUAUCAUGGGCUCAUUUAUCUUCUUGAGACCAUUCUUGGGUGUUGCAUGUGUUACUCUAUGGAAAAGUGUUGUUAGCAAACCUUUGGUGUACAACUUCCUGACGCAGAUUCUUCAUUUACAUGAUGAUAGAAAAGAGAAGCAAUUACAACAUGAUAAGGUCAAGGACCAUAUUGAAUGUCCGCUAUACAUCGGAGAAGCUAAACUUGAUAUCGUUGGCAGAUUCUUUAUUUAUGCUGGUAUCCCCUUCACAGUUAUAUUAAUCUGUCCAAUUAUAUUUUCAUUGUUCCAUGUGAUGUAA